ACUCCCCGCCGGGCCCCGCCGUGGGGCCACCAUUCCGUCCCCGUCGCUGUCCCGCGAUGCUGCGGUGGCUGCUGCUCUGCGGGGCCCUGGGCUGCGGGGCAGAGCCGGCGGCCCCCCUCGCCUUCACCAUGCUGCAGCAGACCCGCGUGUCCGGAGGCAGCUCCGUCUUCUGGGGCAACGCCAGCCUGGACGGGCGGCUCAGCCACCGCCUCGAGGGGCUCAACGUCACCCAGCUGCUGCCGCUGGAGCCCCCGGACGCCUGGGCCAGGCGGCAGCAGGACGUCACCACCUACCUGUGCUACUUCAGCCAGCUGGUGAAGCUCUUCAGCAAGGAGAGACCCAUCAACUACACCCAGAGCCUGUGCUGCCGCCUGGGCUGCCGCCUGUUCCCCAACGGCUCUGCCCACAGCUUCUACGAGGUGACCCUCAACGGGACGGCUUUCCUCAGCUUCCACGUGCCCAACGCCACGUGGCAGCGGCGCUGGCCCGGCACCGAGCCCGUGGCCGCCUUUGCCGAGAGGGAGCUGAUGAAGUACCCCAUGACCACCCAGCAGCUCCAGCGCUUCCUCAACAGCACCUGCGUGGGCAUCCUGCGGGCUCAGCGCGCCGGGACGGGGAAGAGGAGCGGCCGGUCACACGCCCCGCUGGUGCUGGGCCUGGUCCUGGGCACCUUCUCCUUGCUGGGCAUGGCCGUGGGGAUCUUCCUGUGCACGGGAGGGAGCUGCUAGCGGGGCGCCUGGGGACAGAGGCAGUGCCCUGUGAGGGAUGUGGCUCCCUGCUGCUGCAGACUGCUGCUGAGGGACGCUGGGGGCUGCCCUGCCUGCUCCCAGCAGGGCUGGUCCCCCCCUUCCCCGCAGCUGCCCACCCUGGGGACGGUGCCCACGCCAGGCUGGCGCCGUGCACCGAGCCAACGCAGAAACACGCUCGGCACGGGUGGAAACCAUGGAGGAGAUGGGGGAGGAAGGCAGGAGAAGCAGCCCAGCAAGGGCUAAAAGUGGAGGUCACACCUUUGUGGCACUGCUGUGAGAUGUCACCCCAAUAAAAACCUCCUGUCAGCUCCCACCCUGCAGCGUUUGGCUGCUCUGCUCUGCUCUCACAGCCCAGCACAGGCAGGAGCUGCCGUGGGAGCUUGUCCUGAACGUGUCCCAUGAGGGUGAGGAGCCCAGAGGGUGCAGGAGUGUGGGGUCCCAUGAGGAUGAGGAGCCCAGAGGGUGCACGAGUGUGGGGUCCCAUGAGGAUGAGGAGCCCAGAGGGUGCAGGACUGUGGGGUCCCAUGAGGAUGAGGAGCCCAGAGGGUGCAGGAGUGUGGGGUCCCAUGAGGAUGAGGAGCCCAGAGGGUGCAGGAGUGUGGGGUCCCAUGAGGAUGAGGAGCCCAGAGGGUGCAGGAGUGUGGGGUCCCAUGAGGAUGAGGAGUCCAGAGGGGUGCAGGAGUGUGGGGUCCCAUGAGGGUGAGGAGCCCAGAGGGUGCAGGAGUGUGGGGUCCCAUGAGGGUGAGGAGCCCAGAGGGUGCAGGAGUGUGGGGUCCCAUGAGGAUGAGGAGUCCAGAGGGGUGCAGGAGUGUGGGGUCCCAUGAGGAUGAGGAGCACAGGGGGUGCAGGAGUGUGGGGUCCCAUGAGGAUGAGGAGUCCAGAGGGUGCAGGAGUGUGGGGUCCCAUGAGGGUGAGGAGCCCAGGGGGUGCAGGAGUGUGGGGUCCCAUGAGGGUGAGGAGCCCAGGGGGUGCAGGAGUGUGGGGUCCCAUGAGGGUGAGAAGCCCAGAGGGUGCAGGAGUGUGGGGUCCCAUGAGGAUGAGGAGCCCAGGGGGGUGCAGGAGUGUGGGGUCCCAUGAGGAUGAGGAGCCCAGGGGCUGCAGGAGUGUGGGGUCCCAUGAGGGUGAGGGUCCCAGGGGAGUGCAGGAGUGUGGGGUCCCAUGAGGAUGAGGGUCCCAGGGGAGUGCAGGAGUGUGGGGCUGCCGGGUGAGGGGCUGGGCAGACACAGGGCACAGCAGGAGCUUGCUCCCUGAGCCCAGAUAAAGCCAUAGUGAGCUGCCUCACUUGCCUGGUCCAACAGCUUUCACUGCUUUCUUUUCUGCAGUCUGGAUCUGAGCUCAAAGCUGCUCUUUGGCUGCUUAGACUCUGAUGAUAUUAGUAAUAAAUCCCUGACUC